CAAAAUUAGAUUUUUUUAAUAAGGAAACUUAAUUUUCAUAGAAGAAAAAACUUAAUACUCAAUAACAAAUAUGUAUUUAAUUGUCAUAAUGAAAACAAAACUUAAAAAAAAGGAGUUGAACCGCUUGAGAAGACGACGACUAAAUCAUGGAACAGUCGUCAUACUACCACUAACCACUAUACCAACACUUCCCUACUCUUCUCCAGAUGUUGUACUAAUUUCUGUAUUUCACAAUUCAUUGCAACUUCAUACUUUCUGCAAUUGUUUUUCAUUAUCAAUGGGCGAUGACAGAAAUCAUUCUAAUCCCUGCACGGUUACUUCAUAUGAAGCAACUUGUGGUGCACCAACAUGGAUAGGUAAAGGUCUCACUUGCUAUUGCUUCAAAAGGAAGGGGUCCUAUGAACGUAUAUGCAUUACUUUGACGCCUUUGCAGGAACAAAGACUUAACAGGUUAAAGCAUCGGAUGAAGAUCUACUUUGAUUCAUCAAGAUCAGACCAUCAGGAAGCUCUUAAGGCGUUGUGGUAUGCCACAUACCCUGAUAAGCAGCUCCAUGGUCUAAUAUCUGAGCAAUGGAAAGAAAUGGGAUGGCAGGGAAGAGAUCCCUCUACUGAUUUCAGAGGAGCUGGCUUUAUAUCUUUGGAAAAUUUGCUGUUCUUUGCCAAGACAUUUACUACAUCUUUUGAGCGACUAGUGAAUAAACAAAGCGGGAAUCGUGCAACAUGGGAAUAUCCAUUUGCUGUUGCUGGCGUAAAUAUAACAUUCAUGCUCAUACAGAUGCUUGAUCUAGAUGCACCAAAAGGAAGAACGUUUGUUAGAUCAGUCUUCUUGCAGAUGUUAUCAGAAAACGAAUGGGCAUUUGACUUGCUCUAUUGUGUAGCCUUUGUGGUUAUGGAUAAGCAAUGGCUAGAAAAGAAUGCCACAUACAUGCAGUUCAAUGAUGUUCUAAAAUCAACACGAGCGCAGUUAGAAAAGGAGCUCCUGAUGGAUGAAGUUUUAGGUAUUGAAGACAUGCCUUCAUUUAAACUUCUUUGUUAACCCUUGGAAAAUAAUGGCAAUAUAUGUCGAGAUGUUCGAUGACCUAGCCGAGUUCCUAGUAUUUUGGAAGAGUUCAGUUUUUACAAUGCUGUUUUCUUUCAUCUGGAGAUAUGAUCACCAAAUGCCUUUUGAUAUUGUUGGAAGAGAGAUUAUUUAUGUUAGGGUUGUUUCUCUUGAGUCUUGAUGGGUAUGCCCUGUGAAAUCUAGUUUUCUGUUAUCAAAGUUUAGUGAAUAUUUUUGUCAAAAAUGUCCAAGUUUGCUAAGGAAAUUUAUCCAAAACCUAUUUAUUGGUAAGACAUAAUACAUUAUUUUAGGGG